AUGCAAGGAGCUGGUCCAUUCGGUGGGAAUCCCCGGUCGUUACAGCUCCAGGCGCAGCUGAGCCCUCGCUGGAGCUUGGGGGCACUUGCUGGUCCCCGCUGCCCCACCAGCGCAGUGUUUCCCCGCGUACCCAGCACUGUUACACCUUCCCAGCGGAAGCCAGCCAAGCUUUGGAGUUACUGUAGCAGCGCAAAAAGUCGUUGUCUUCAGAGAGUUCGUGAGCGCGAGCUGAGGAGCCGCGGCCUACACGACUUCGGAGACGUGUUGUCCCCCCGAGAGACAGAGGUGGCCAGAGCUGGCCGGAAACAAGGCGCCCAGAAAAGAGUUUCUAUUCUUACGUCCCUUGAUGACACUAUUGGAAACAUGACGCCCAGAGGCCAGUUCAUUUCCCGAACUCCUGGUUCGUUGCUUCGCCAGCCAUUUACUCCACUACCUCGAAGCUCCACAAAGCUGCCAGAUAUGUCUCUUAUCUUGGGAACAGGAGGAAAGUCGCCUCAAAUUCUGCAGACUCCUGGACUUUUUGGCAGUCUCUCAAUGUUGGAUGAAAGCAACUGGACAAUGGCACUGUCACCUCAGCAUACAGGAAUGUUUACAAAUCUAGACAUGUCCAAUAUGACAGAAGAUGUGACUAUGAGUGCUGUACUGCUGCGUGAGGACGAUCCUGGGGAAGCUGCUACUAUGAGCAUGUACUCAGAUUUUCUGCAUUCCUUCUUGAAGCAUACAUCAACUACCAUUUUUGAACUUGUGGAUGAGUAUGAAAAUAUUUGUAAUAACCAGGUGAAUAUACUGGGGAAAAUUGUUUAUCGAGCAACUCCUGGACAGCAAAAGUUUUCAAAAACCGCCAGUGUCCUGUGGCUUCUCAAGCAGGAGAUGGUAACAUGGAGACUCUUGUCCUCACUUUAUAGAGACAGACUACAAUCUGCACUAGAAGAUGAAACUGCAUGUGAAAUCACAAUUUUAAAUGCUAGUGAAAAGACAACUGUAGACAACUUGUUUCAGAAAGACUCGCUUGUUCGACAAAGCCAGCUGGUGGUAGAUUGGCUAGAGAGCAUUGCCAAGGAUGAAAUUGGAGACUUCUCAGAUAAUAUUGAGUUUUAUGCAAAAUCUGUUUACUGGGAGAACACUCUACAUAUCCUAAAGCAGAAACAGUUAAGUACUUAUAUUGGAAGUUCCCGGCCUCUGGUAACAGAGUUGGGAAGAAUGACAGAUGAGGCACAGCGUUUGUGCAAACGAUGUGGUCAGGCCUGGAGAGCUGCAACUUUGGAAGGAUGGAAAUUGUAUCAUGAUCCUAACAUAAAUGGAGGAAAGGAGCUGGAACCUGUGGAAGGGAAUCCAUACAGGUGCAUUUGGAAAAUAAGUUGUUGGCGUAUGGCUGAAGAGGAGCAGUUCAAUAGAUAUGAGAGAGCAAUCUAUGCAGCACUCAGUGGAAACCUCAAACAGCUUCUUCCAGUUUGUGAUACUUGGGAAGAUACUGUUUGGGCAUAUUUUAGAGUCAUGGUGGACACUCUUGUAGAGCAGGAAAUCCGUACCUCCGUGGUAACUGUAGAGGAGAUGGAAGAACUCCCUAGAGAUUACUUAGAAACAAAUUGGACUUCAGAAAAAGUUUUUGAGGAGCUUCAAGCAACAGACAAAAAGAGAGUGAUAGAGGAGAAUCAAGAGCACUACCAUGUGAUUCAGAAAUUCAUUAUACUGGGAGAUGUAGAUGGUUUGAUGGAAGAAUUCAGCAGAUGGCUUUCGAAGGACAGAAGCGUUCUCCCAGGACACCUUCUUCGUUUCAUGACACAUCUUAUUCUCUUCUUCCGCACGCUGGGCCUGCAAACUAAAGAGGAAGUUUCUGUAGAAGUCCUAAAGACCUACAUUCAGCGAAUGGUAUCAGAGAAGCGCACAGAUUUAAUAGCAUUUUAUGUUAGCCACUUGCCUCCAGAGCUAGCUGUUGCCCAGUAUGCUUUAUUUUUAGAAGAUGUUACUGAAAGUGAUCAACGCCACCACUGUCUUGAAUUAGCAAAAGAAGCAGGUCUGGAUGUUGCAACCAUUACCAAAACUGUAGUUGAAAACAUCCGCAAGAAGGAUGCUGGGGAAUUCAGUCACCACGAUCUUAUGUUAGAUACUGGCACAACAGAGGCGGAUCGUUUGAAGAUAGAUGUGAUUGACUGGCUUGUGUUUGAUCCUGCACAGAGGGCAGAAGCACUUAAGCAAAGCAACGCGAUCAUGAGGAAGUUUUUGGCAUCCAAGAAACACGAGGCUGCAAAAGAUGUGUUUGUGAAGAUUCCACAGGACUCUAUAGCAGAAAUCUAUAACCAGUGGGAAGAACAGGGAAUGGAUACUCCACUUCCAGCUGAAGAUGACAAUGCUAUAAGAGAACAUUUAUGUAUUCGGGCAUAUCUGGAAGCCCAUGAAACCUUCAAUGACUGGUUCAAACACAUGAACUCAGCUCCACAGAAACCUUCUUUGCUACCUCAAGCAAGUUUCACUGAGAAAGUGGCCCAUGAACAUAAGGAAAAGAAGUAUGAGAUGGACUAUGGUAUUUGGAAGGGUCACUUGGAUGCCCUUACAGCUGAUGUGAAAGAGAAAAUGUACAAUGUGUUGCUGUUUGUUGAUGGAGGAUGGAUGGUUGAUGUUAGAGAGGAUGCUGAGGACGACCCUGAACGAACGCACCAGAUGACUCUGCUGCGCAAGCUGUGCCUGCCAAUGAUGUGCUUUUUACUACACACGGUGUUGCACAGCACGGGCCAGUACCAGGAGUGCCUGAGGCUGGCCGACACGGUCGCCUCCGAACGACACAAGCUUUACACGGUGUUUUCAAAGGAAGAACUCCGAAAGCUUCUGCAGAAGCUGAGGGAAUCUUCCCUGAUGCUCCUGGACCAGGAUCUUGAUCCCUUAGGAUAUGAAAUCCAAUCCUAG